AUGACGAGAAGUGUCCGGUACAAGCAAAUGAUGGAGGAUAAGAAGAGGUGUUGCUCUUUUAUGACUAUGACGUACGGCAGCAAACUAAGCUCGGCCAAAUUUAAAAUCUUGCGUGCAAUUCUACUGAAAGAUGGCUACAUGUCAGUCCCGACGGUCAAUGCUGCAAACAGUGUGCUGAUCAACACGGGCGCCGUGCACGACAAUGCUGCAAAUAUUGUGCUAAUAAACACGUGCACCGUGCGUGGCAAUGCUGAAUCCAAAGCCAGGAACUUGUUUGAGUCGCUGCACUAA